UAUAAGUAAGGGUUUGUUUGGCGGUCGUCAGUGUGUGAACUAGGAUGUUGCGGUUUGCUGUAAUUCUGGCAGUGUUAGGAGCGGUGGCAGCGACGCCCGCCAUCGUCCGCAGCAGGAAAGAAAUUCAGGCUUUCAGAAGCUUCUUAGAAAGUACGAGGACUGACGAUGGUGAGCAAUUCCUGUUCCGCACCCAAGUUUCUCCAUUGGCAAAUCCUGAGGAGAACAGCGGCAAGUACGAAGGAGACAUCAUAUUAGAUGACUUCAUCAUUGAGAGGAUGGUUCAGGAGUACGCUAUGGGGCGUAGCGCCUACACCUGGCCCAAUACUAAGUGGCCAAAUGACACUGUAGUUUGGGAGUUCGGAGAAGACGAAUUUGGUCCGAUCCAGAAGGAGGCUAUCGAAGAAGGUAUAAGGGACAUCGAGAGGCACACCUGCGUCAAAUUCCGCUACCGUGAACCUGAAGACACAGUCUUUGUUAGAGUUACUGGCGGUGCUGGCGGUUGCUUCGCGCACGUCGGCUACUGGGAAUCCCGCGGCAUCCACACUUUGAACCUGGCGCGCAACGUGCCAGGCACCGGCUGCUUCCGCCACCCCACCAUCGUUCACGAGUGGAUGCACAUCCUCGGCUUCCUGCACAUGCAGUCCACUUACAACAGAGAUGAUUACGUCAAGAUUGUUGAGGAGAAUCUUAGACCUGGCACUGAGCAUAACUUCGCCAUUUACACUUCUGACAUGGUGAGCAACCUGGACAUUGAAUACGACUACGUGAGCUGCAUGCACUACGGACCCUUCGCUUUCUCAGCCAAUGGUGAGAAGACCAUCGUGGCUCUACAGGAACACGAGGGUGAUAUGGGACAGCGCAUCUUCAUCACCGACAAGGACUGGCUUCGCAUCAACAGACACUACAACUGCCCCGGCGCAUGGGACUAAACCUUCACUAUGACUUUAUAUUUAUACGAAAAUUUUAUAUCAAUAUAUAAAUGUAUUUUUAUACAAAAGAAAAGAAUAUCAUACAACAAAACGCUUCGUUUAUUAUUUAGCGCCAUUGAAAGCAACAAUCUGGUGGAAAAUUUUAAAUGAUCUCUGCAUUACUUUUAAUAAAGACAUUUUUAAAA